GUUUCACUACCUGCUCUGUGGUGAAAGGCGCUGCAGAAGACAGGAAACAGUGCCCUUUCCUGUAAGAGCUUGGCCCUCUCUGCAGCCAAAGUGUUUUCUCCCUGAGUUUGGUGGCCUGCACCUGGAGCAGUCAAUCUUGCUGCCAGCAUGCCCACCCAGCUUGAGAUCGCCAUGGACACCAUGAUUAGAAUCUUCCACCGGUACUCUUGCAAGGAAGGGGACAAAUUCAAGCUCAACAAGGGGGAACUGAAACUACUUCUGCAGCGAGAGCUCACGGAAUUCCUCUCGUGCCAGAAGGAUCCCCAGUUGGUUGAUAAGAUAAUGCAGGACCUGGAUGCCAAUAAGGACAAUGAAGUGGAUUUUAAUGAAUUCGUGGUCAUGGUGGCAGCUCUGACCGUUGCUUGUAAUGAUUACUUUGUAGAACAAUUGAAGAAAAAAGGAAAGUAAAGAUAAGUAGUAAGCUAAUAUAAAAGCAGAGAUAUAGCCAAGAUUAUUUAAUUAGAAUUCAUCUGUAUACACUCUGUAGAUUUAUAGAUAUGGUAACACCAUUUAAUGAUACAGUAUGCAUAUAAUUAAUUGCUAAUGUUAUUGAAUGACGUGUACCUUACUAUAUUGACUUCAAACAACUAUUUCAAAUCUUAUAUUCCGUACUUGAAAUUUUCCUAUUAAAGAUGUUAUAUACAUAUUUUUGCCUGUCAAAAAGAGAGCAUCACAAAAAUUUAGCCAUUUUCAAAUGAGGCUAAAACUUGGCAGAUUUCUAAGACAGCCAUCCAUGAUUCUAACAGUUACUGCUCCCUCCUGAUAACUUGUCCAAUGUAUGUGAGAUGAAGUUUCGCUACCCUUACUUCUAAGGAGCAUUCUGGUUGUGCUUCUUCCAAGACAGACUUGUUCAUUCUUCUGGCAGCCCAAGAUAUAUUCAGUAUUCCUCGCCAGCAUCAUAAUUCAAAGGGAUCAAUUCUUCUGUCUUUCUUAUUCAUUAUCCAGCUUUCGCAUGCAUAUGAGGCAAUUGAAAACACCAUGGCUUGAGUCAGGCUCAUCUUAGUCCUUAAAGUGAUGUCUUUGCUUUGAACACUUUAAAGAGGUCUUUCGAAGCAGAAUUGCCCAAUGCAAUAAGUCAUUUGAUUUCUCGACUGCUGCUUCCACGGGCAUUGAUUGUGGAUCCAAGUAAAAUGAAAUCCUUGACAACUUCAGUCUUUUCUCCGAUUAUCAUGAUGUUGCUUAUUGGUCCAGGUGUGAGGAUUUUUGCUUUCUUUAUGUUGAGAUGUAAUCCAUACUGGAGGCUGUGGUCUUUGAUCUUCAUAAGUACUUCAAGUCCUCUUCUUUCAGCAAGCAAGGUUGUGUCAUCUGCAUAACGCAGGUUGUUAAUGAGUUUUCCUCCAAUCCUAGUGCCCCAUUCCUCUUCAUAUAGUCUAGUUUCUCCGAUUAGUUGCUCAGCAUACAGAUUAAAUAAGAAUGGUGAAAGGAUACAACCCUGAUGCACACCUUUCCUGACUUUAAACCACACACUAUCCCCUUGCUCUGUUCGAACAACUGCCUCUUCGUCUAUGUACAGGUUCCUCAUGAGCACAGUUACAUGUUCUGGAAUUCCCAUUCUUUGCAGUGUUAUCUAUAAUGUAAUGAUCCACACAGUCAAAUGCUUUUGCAUAGUCAAUAAAACACAGGUGAACAUCCUUCUGGUUUUCUCUACUUUCAGCCAUAAUCCAUCUGACAUCAGCAAUGAUAUCCCUGGUUCCACGUCCUCUUCUGAAUCCCAACUGAAUUUCUGGCAGUUCCUUGUUGAUGUACUGCUGCAACUGCUUUUGAAUGAUCUUCAGCAAAAUUUUCCUUGCAUGUGAUACUAAUGAUAUUGUUUGAUAAUUUGCUCAUUCUGUUGAAUUACCUUUCUUUGGAAUCAGCACAAAUAUGGGUCUUUUCCAGUUGGUUGGCCAGGCAGCUGUCUUCCAAGUUUUUUGGUAUAGGCAAGUGAGCACUUCCAGUGUUGCAUCCCUUUGUUGAAACAUCUCAGUUGAUAUUCCAUCAAUUCCUUGAGCCUUGUUUUUCGCCAAUGCCUUCAGUACAGUUUGGACUUCUUCCUUCAGUGCCGUUGGUUCUUGAUCAUAUCCUGCCUCCUCAAAUGGUUGAACAUUGGCCAGUGCUUUUUGGUACAGUGACUCUGUGUAUUCCUUCCACCUUCUUUUGAUGCUUCCUGCAUCGUUUAAUAUUUUUCCCAUAGAAUCCUUCAAUAUUGCAACUCGAGGCUUAAAUUUUUUCUUCAGUUCUUUCAGUGUGAGAACUGCCGAGGUGUUCUUCCCUUUUGGUUUUCUAACUCUAGUUCUUUUCACAUUUCCUUAUAAUACUUUGUCUUCUCAAGCCAUCCUUUGAAAUCUUCUGUUCAGCUCUUUUACUACAUCAUUUCUUCCUUUCAUUUUAGCUACUCAAGUUCAAGAGCAAGUUUCAGAGUCCCUUCUGACAUCCGUUUUGGUAUUUUCUUUCUUUCCUAUCUUUUUAAUGACCUUUUGCUUUCUUCAUAUACAAUGACCUUGAUGUCAUCCCACAACUCAUCUGGUCUCCAGUCAUUAGUGUUUAAUUUGUCAAAUCUAUUCUUGAGAUGCUCUCUAAAUUCAGGUGGGAUAUACUCAAGUUUGUACUUUGGCUCCUGUGGACCUGUUUUGAUUUUAAUAUCUUUUUUCAAAAAAGAAAUGGUCGAUGUUCAACCAUUUCAGGAGGUAGUGUAUGAUCAGGAAUCUAUAGUGUUGAAGGAAGAAGUCCAAGCUGUACUGAAGGCAUUGGCAAAAAACAAGGCUCCAGAAACUAAUAGAAUACCAACCGAGAUGUUUCAGCAAAUGGAUGCUGUGCUGGAUACACUUACAUCUAUGCCGAGAAAUUAGGAAGACAGCUACCUGGCCGACUGACCGGAAGAGAUCCUUGUUUGUGUCCCCUCCAAAGAAAGGUGAUCCAACAGAAUGUGGAAGUUAUUGAGCAAUAUCAUUAAUAUCACACACAAGUAAAAUGUUGUUGAAGAUCAUUCAAAAGCAGGUGCAGCAGUACAUCAACAGGGAACUGCCAGAAAUUUAAGCUGGGUCCAGAAAAGGAAGUGGAAUGAGGGAUAUCAUUAUUGAUGUCAGGUGGACCUUGGCUGAAAACAGAAAAUACCAGAAAGAUGUUUACCUGUGUUUUAUUGACUAUGCAAAGGCAUUCGACUGUGUGGAUCAUAACAAAUUAUGGAUAAUAUUGCAAAGAAUGGGCAUUUCAGGACACUUAAUUGUGCUUAUGUGAAACCUGUACGUAGACCAAGAGCCAGUCAUUCAAACAGAGCAAAGGGAUAUUGCAUGGUUUAAAAUCAGGAAAGGUGUGCAUCAGAGUUGUGUCCUUUCAACAUACUUAUUUAAUCUGUAUGCUGAGCAAAUAAUCUGAGAAACUGAACUAUAUGAAGAAGAACACAGCAUCAGGAUUGGAGAAAGACUCAUAAACAACCUGGGAUAUGCAGAUGAUACAACCUUGCUUGUAGAAAGUGAAAAUGACUUGAAGCACUUACUGAUGAUGGUCAAAGACCACAGCCUUCAGUAUGGGUUACACCUCAGCACAAAGAAAACAAAAAUCCUCACAACUGGACCAAUAAGCAACAUCACGAUAAAUGGAAAAAAGAUUGAAGUUGUUAAGGAUUUCAUUUUACUUGGAUCUACAGUCAACACCCAUGGAAGCAGUGUGUCACUGGUGCAUGGGGUGGGGGGCUGUAGGGGGUGGUGUCUCAGUUAUCUAGUGCUGCUAUAACAGCAGUACCACAAGUGGACGGCUUUAACAAAGAGAAAUUAAUUUUUUCUCAGUCUAGUAGGCUACAAGUCCAAAUUCAGGGUGUCAGCUUCAGGGGAAGGCUUUCUCUGUCUGUUGGAUCUGGAGGGAGGUCUUUCUCAUCAAUCUUCCCCUGGACUAGUAGCUUCUCUGCGCUGGAACCCUGAGUCUAAAGGACACAUUCUGCCCCUGGUGCUGCUUUCUUGGUGGUAUGAGGUCCCGAACUCUCUGCUUGCCUCCCUUUCCUUUUAUCUCUUGAGAGAUAAAAGGUGGUGCAGCCCACACCCCAGGAAAACUCCCCUUAUGUUGGAUCAGGGUGACCUGAGUAAGGGUGGUGUUACAAUCCUCUUAAUGUAAACUUACAAUCACAAAAUGGAGGAAAACUGCACAAUACUAGGAAUCAUGGCCUAACCAAGUUGAUACACACAUUUUUGGGGGGACAUAAUUCAAUCCAU